AUGGGUGUGGGGUCUGAAAAGAAAUGGCUUUUCGCACUCUUCACUGCAGCGUUCGUGUCAUUUCUCAUUUUUGUUUCUUCCAUUUGUGGGUUGAGCUCCUCUUACUACGCUUUCUCUUCCAGUAAACCAUUUUCCACCUCAGCCCAUCACGGCCCCGGCCACCCGCCGGCGUUUGGUUACUAUAUCUUUGGAGGGAACGGAGACGCAGAUCGGAUUUUUAGGCUUUUGUUAGCUGUUUAUCAUCCCAGGAAUAGGUACCUGUUGCACAUUAGUGCAGAUGGGUCGGAUAUGGAGAGGAGAAAAUUGUGGGCGAUGGUGAAUUCUGUCCCUGCAGCUCGAGCUUUUGGGAAUGUGGAUGUGAUUGGGAAACCCGAUCCCAAUACUUAUAUGGGGUCUACUAAUAUUGCUGCUAUUUUACGGGCGGCUGCUAUAUUAUUGAAGGUGGAUGCAGGAUGGGAUUGGUUUAUCACACUGAGUGCAGCGGAUUACCCGUUAAUUACUCAAGAUGACUUAUCCCAUGUGUUCUCAUCUGUUAGGAGAGACCUGAAUUUCAUUGAUCACACCAGUGACCUCGGGUGGAAAGAGGGUCAAAGAAUCAAACCGAUUGUGGUGGAUCCCGGGCUAUACCUGGCAAGGAGAACACAAAUAUUCCAUGCAACAGAGAAGAGGCCAAUGCCUGAGGCCUUCCGAGUUUUCACAGGCAAUUUUCUUGCUGAAUGA